AUGAAAACAACUUUGAGUGUUAAUGAAGAUAGUGACUUCGAGAAUGAAGACAAGAAGCAAGUAGUAAAUCUCUGCUUCAUGGCUUUGGAGGACAAUGAUGAGAUUGGAACUGGGGGUGACCAUGUGGAGAAUGAAGAUGCUUGGACUCCAUCUGUUGAGAACAAGGCCAAGUUCAGUCGUGAUGGGGCAUAUAAACACAACAACCCAACGAUGUCAGUCGGAAUUAUUGUUAGAAACUCUAGAGGACAUCUUAUAGAGGGGCGGGGUAUGACUUUUUCAGUUGUCUCCAGCCUACUUUCUAAGGCAAUUGCUCUUUGUGAGGCAUGCCUUCUGGCAAUUUCAAUGCAGUCAAAAGAAGCAAUGAUGAAAAGCAAUAAUAAGGAGCUCGUUCAACUGAGCGCUAUGGAAAUAGUGUCAGGGUUUUCCUUUUAG